UGUUGUUAGAGGAGCAAACUCCCUCUUUUUAUCUUAUUAUAUCUCCUCCCCAUCUUCUUGUUGUUGUUGACUUUCUUCUUCUUCUUCUUCUUCCUCUCUAGCCAUCGAACUCUUGGGAAUCUCGACACUAGAUCAACAAGCCGAAAUGUUUCCGGAAAACUCAGUACUCUCAGAUGUCUGCGCGACCGGAAUCUCCGGCGUCGUCGCGUUCUCGUGCCUUGGUUUCUGGGGAGAGAUUGGCAAGCGCGGCAUCUUCGACCAGAAACUCAUCAGGAAGCUUGUGCACAUAAAUAUUGGCCUUGUUUUUACGCUUUGCUGGCCACUCUUCAGUUCUGGACUCCAAGGAGCGCUUUUCGCUUCUCUUAUAAUUGGAGUCAAUAUUAUAAGGAUGCUGCUCCUGGGCCUUGGUGUCUACCAAGACGAAGGAACUAUCAAGUCUAUGAGCAGACACGGAGAUCGCAGGGAACUACUCAAGGGACCGCUUUAUUAUGCAAUCGCCAUCACAUUGGCAUGUAUCUUCUAUUGGAAGACAUCCCCAAUAGCCAUUGCAGUGGUAUGCAACCUCUGCGCUGGAGAUGGUAUGGCUGACAUUGUUGGGAGGCGGCUUGGAACAAAGAAGCUUCCUUACAAUAGAAACAAAACAAUAGCUGGUAGCAUUGGGAUGGCAAUCGCAGGGUUCUCAGCUUCUGUCGCGUAUAUGUACUACUUUGCUUCAUUUGGUUACAUCAAGAAUAGUGGGUGGGAUAUGAUACCUCGCUUCUUCAUCAUCUCUAUAGCAUCGGCUCUUGUGGAAUCACUCCCGAUAAGCACUGCCAUUGACGACAAUCUCACUGUUUCCUUAACAUCUGCCUUGCUCGGCACUCUACUCUUCUAAUUGUAGCACUGAGUCUCUUGUCCUGUAUCAUCAAAUACAGAGUCAUCGAGCUUCACUGCCUCUGUGGAGUAGAACUACAUUCUUAGUUCCCACUUGUUAGUGAAUAAACCUCAUAUUGGUGUUGGUGUUGCUGUAGACGAUCUUAUUUUUUCAGCUGCAAUUCUGUUGGUAAAAUUUUGUAAUGUAGUGGGAUAUGUAGUGUACUACAGACACAUCUAUAAAGUGUACUAGAAACUCAAUACAUGCAUGUUUGUUGUUUAGCCUGUGGCUAUUUCGAAAUUGAUUGUAUGCUUACUAC